GCUCUAUAAAUGCCUUGUCUCUCCCCUGAGUCUUCCUCUCGUGUAACUUCCAGAAGCCGAAAGCCACCAUCAUGAUCGCCAUAAUUCUCCUCUCAGUCUUUGCCGCUGCACAAGCUGAAAACUUGAUCGCUGUUAAUGUGAACGCAGACUGCGCCAAGGCUGUGAAUGAACUGAUACAGCUGAACUUGGCAGCGACAUUCCAGUAUAUUGCCAAGUCUGCGCAUUUCCGGGAAUAUGACUCCGAAUAUCUGGGAAUGGCCACCAUGUUCAGUGUUCACGCCAGAGAAAAGCUGAAUGACGCUAAGCACUUGAUGAAAUAUUUGGUUCACCGCGGAGUGGAAAUUGAAUGGGCUGAUAUCCCGAAACCACCCGUCACUGACUGGGCCCAUCCAUCCAAGGUGAUCGAGCAGGCUCUGGAAAUUGAGAAGAACAUUCUGAACAAGAUCAUCGCCACCCACACCUGCGCCCAGGAGCAUCAUGAUCCUGAUCUCAUGCACGACAUGGCUGACCGUAUGAUCGUUGGGGAGGAGAACACAAUCUUUGAACUCGGAUCUUACAUCUCACAUUUGGCCCACGAUGGAGCCGAGGAUACAGUCGUCUUACCACACCUUAGUGAAAAGAUGUUCUUGAAAUACAAGGAUUACAAGGAUUGCUUCCAUGCAACUGACCAGGCCGCACAUCAUGAUUACUAAGAGUAUACUGGGUUAGAUUUGCUAUAGUUGGUCUUAUACUUUCAUGAUCAUUAAAUGUGUUGAGCGACAUUCAUUUUGAUGAGCUGGGAGAGAAGUAACUGGUCCUGCACGGGUAGCGUAUCAUCUCGAGUAGUGUAUCAUAAUAGUCUGAACAAAGUGGCUGUGAUCUUUUACCAGUGUCGUUGUGAUUUUCAUCUGGAUUAGUUUGAUUUAAUGUAUUGCUUGCGAAAAUAAUGUUGGAAAUAAAAAAAAUGACGAAAAUAUAAUGUUAUGAUUUUACACUG